AUGAGGGGUUUCAACAAUUUCAAUAAUAGAUACCCAAAUUACCCCGAUUAUACAAAUGCCUACGGAAAUUACCAAGCCUAUCCACAGUAUAGAACAAAUUAUGGCAAUUUUUCGGGACAUAAUAAUAACUCGAGUAACCUAGGAAAUAACUUAGUUCAAAUUGAUUGGAGUACUGUUAAAUUAGUCCCAUUUGAAAAAAAUUUUUACAAAGAACAUGAAGAUAUAAGUAAUUUAUCAGCAAAAGAAGUAAAGGAUAUAAGAGACAAGCACAGAAUAACAAUUUUGGAAGGUGAAAAUGUACCAAACCCAGUAGAAUCAAUUAAUAAAAUUGGGUUUCCUGAUUAUGUUUUAAAAUCUUUAAAAAAUAAUAAUAUUAUUACACCAACACCUAUACAAAUACAAGGUUGGCCUAUUGCAUUAUCAGGAAAAGAUAUGAUUGGUAAAGCAGAAACUGGUAGUGGGAAAACAUUAGCUUUUAUUUUACCUGCAUUUGUUCAUAUUUUAGCGCAACCUAGCUUAAAAUAUGGUGAUGGACCUGUUGUUUUGGUAUUAGCUCCUACAAGAGAAUUGGCGGAACAAAUUCGUCAGGAAUGUAUUAAGUUUUCUAUUGAAUCAAAAAUAAGAAAUACAUGUGCAUAUGGAGGAGUACCGAAAAGUGGUCAGAUUUAUGCUUUAAGACAGGGUGUUCAUAUUUUAAUUGCUUGCCCAGGUCGUUUAAUUGAUUUAUUAGAACAAAAUGUUACUAAUCUAAUGAGAGUUACUUAUUUAGUUUUAGACGAAGCUGAUAAAAUGUUAGAUAUGGGUUUUGAAAUACAAAUUAGAAAAAUUGUUGAACAAAUUAGACCAGAUAGGCAAACCUUAAUGUGGUCAGCAACUUGGCCGAAAGAAGUUCAAGCGUUAGCAAGAGAUCUAUGUAAAGAACAACCCAUACAUGUAAAUGUUGGUUCGUUAACUCUAACUGCUUGUCGUAGAAUUAAACAAGAAAUAUAUCUUGUUGAGGAACAUGAAAAAAUAAUUCAUCUAAAAUCGCUACUUCAGAGAAUAUUCAGGGAGAACGACAGAAUAAUUGUAUUUGUGGAAACUAAAAAAAACGCUGAUUUUAUUACAAAAGCACUACGACUAGAUGGAAUGCCUGCCCUUUGUAUACAUGGGGAUAAAAAGCAGGACGAGCGAAGAUGGGUAUUGAAUGAUUUUAAAACAGGAAAAAGCCCUAUUUUAAUUGCAACCGAUGUAGCUUCAAGAGGGUUAGACAUAAAGAAUGUAAAAUAUGUUAUAAAUUUUGAUUUCCCUAAUCAAAUUGAAGAUUAUGUUCAUAGAAUUGGUAGAACCGGUAGAGCAGGAGCGCAUGGAGCUUCUUUUACAUUCUUAACGUCAGAUAAAUAUAGAUUAGCGAAAGAUUUAGUUAAAAUAUUAAGAGAAUCUGAACAACCUGUUCCUCCACAAUUAGAAAAAAUUUCUUUUUCAGUGAGUAGUAAUCAAAGAAGAAAUCCUUAUUAUAGUUACGGUCGUUCAGGACACAAUGCUAAUAGCAUUCCUUUAAAAGGAAGUAAUAGGUAUUACUAG